AUGGCUUCCUCUUUCACAUCCCUGACCAAAUCCAUGGGUAGGACGGGCCGCCUCUAUGCGCUCGCCGCACCAAAACUCUCCUCUUCGUCGACAUCCUACCUCUCACGCUCAUCGAUAUCACAAGCCGCAUUCCGCCUUCAACGUCAGACUCAAUCACAGCAAUUCCGCAAUGGAUUCCCAUCUUCAACGACAAGAUCCUUCUCAACGACAUCCGCCCGACCAGCAAAAACAAUCCAACAGAUGAAAUCGCGACACCGCACGGGUCCAUUCUCAUGGAAAGCGGCCUUACUAUUCGUCCUCACCGGCGCGGGUAUGAUCAUCUACUUUCGAGUCGAAAAGGCUCGUCUGGAACGCAAACGAAUCACGGAGAUGAGCAAGGGAGUCGGAAAACCCAAGGUUGGGGGCCCGUUUGUGCUCAAGGAUUUGGAUGGGAAGGAGUUUACGGCGGAGGAUUUGAAGGGGAAGUAUAGCUUUGUAUACUUUGGCUUCACGCACUGCCCCGAUAUCUGCCCUGACGAACUCGACAAAAUGGCCGCUAUAAUCGACAAGGUCAAAGAAGGCUCCAACGGCGCCGAAGUCAUGCGUCCCGUAUUUAUUACCUGCGAUCCCGCGCGCGACACCCCCGAAGUCUUGAAGAAAUAUCUUGCCGAAUUCCACCCCGACAUCAUCGGCCUAACAGGCACAUACCAGCAAGUGAAACAAGUCUGCAAAGCAUAUCGAGUGUAUUUCAGUACACCGGAGAAUGUGAAGCCCGGAGAAGAUUAUUUGGUGGACCAUAGUAUUUAUUUUUACCUGAUGGAUCCUGAGGGCGAUUUUGUGGAGUGUGUGGGCAGACAGGAUACGCCGGAGAGUGCGACGAGGUUGAUUUUGGAUCACGUGCAGGAUUGGAAGAGGGAGGGAAAGAAGUUGGACGCCUAG